GGCAAAGGAUAGCUCGGUAGGCCAGGAAAUCCCGCACACGGGGCGCCAUGAUGACGUGCAUAAAUGCGCGAUGGGCAAGUCGGGAAGCCAAGAGGGCGCUGCGCCAACCCAUCAUUGCCUAUACAAUUGUUACGGGGCCUUGCCUGCUCACUCGUUGCGGGCAGGCCCGUGUUGAGCAGUUUGAGCGCGAGACCAGGCCGAUUCUCUACUAUCUUACCAACUAGUGCCGAUUUCUAUCAGCUGUUGCGCAAAAUGCUUCGUUUGAAGGCCACUUUUCAACAUGGCAGCAAUUCCAUGGCACAGCGGCGAGCCGGCUUGCCGUCUGUUGCUCAAGCGACUCGUCGCCCUUACAAGCGACCGAACCGGCUCAGGACCGCAGCUGUGGCAAGUCAGUCUGCAGCAGCUGAGGAAGCAGCAGAGGAGGACUUCUAUUCUCUUCUCGGCGUGAGCCCGCUGGCUGACGGCAAGGAGAUAAAGGCUGCCUACUACCGUAUGGUGCGGACCUGCCAUCCCGACCGCACGGGCGACGACGAGGCCACCGACUUCUGCGCCAUGUUGAACGAAGUGUACGAGACGCUGUCGGACCCCACCAAGCGGGCCCUGUACGACGAGCUGGCUGGGUUCAGUGCGGAGAGCGUCAAUCCCUUCCUGGACGACCGCUACCCGGCAGACCGGGUGUUCGUGGACGAGUUCAGCUGCAUCGGCUGCCGCAACUGCAACGCCGUGUGCCCCAAGACCUUUGGCAUGGAGGAGGACUACGGCCGCGCGCGUGUGAUGUUGCAGGACGCGGACAGCGAGGCCAAGCUGCAGGAGGCCAUCGACACCUGCCCCGUGUCCUGCAUCCAUUGGGUGACGGCGCCGCAGCUAAACCUGCUGGAGGGCGCCAUGGCGCGCAUGGAGCGCAUCGCGGUGUGGAGCAUGAUGGGCGGCAGCGGCAUGGGGGCCAACAAGGACGUGUUCGUGGAGGCCAGCUAUGCCUGGCAGCGGCGGCAGUCGGAGAUCCGGCGCCGUGUGGCGGAGGCGACUUCGUCGGCGGCCUACUCGGCGCCCCGCCAGCCCGCCGCCAAGAAGGCCGGCUGGGGCUUCUGGAACAAUGCGGUGGAGUUCGGCGCCGCCGCCGGCAGCCAGUUCUACAACGACGCCAACUCGGCACGCGCCAAGAAGCAGGCGCAGCAGCAGGAGCAGCAGCAGACCACCGGCAACGGCGACCGCGAGAGCCGCGCCGUGGCGGGCCUGGCGGCGCGCGCCGCCCGCGCCGCCCGCACCUGGCGGCGCUACCAGGAGGUGGCGGCAGCCAGCCGGCGUGAGAAGCUGGUGAUCACCAGCAUGAGCAGCGCCAGCAGCAUGGACAGCAUUGACAGCGCCAGCGGCAGCAUGGAUGAGGCGGACCGAAUGGUGGCGGGCGUGGUGAAGGGCGGCAUCGCCCUGCGCUGAUGAUGGGGAGGCAGGCGGUGGGGGUUGGGCGGUGUGAGGAAGUGUGGGGCGGUGGGUAGCAUGCGGUGGCGGGCGGUGCGGUGUGGUGUGCGCCCGCUUGGCGUCAGGGAGGGGUUGCGGAGGCGUUGGAUGGGGAGGCAGAAAUAAAGAAGAAAGCGGCGCGGCGCUCUUGGCAUUCGCAACAGGCAACACACGCACAACUGCACACAUGCAUACGCAUGGCGGCGGCAUGCGGUGGGUGGCUUCUGCCCCAUGCGCGCUCGCUCAUGAUUAGGCCUGCCAUUUUUGUUGCCAUGUGCAAAGGCACCGCAAGUCUUUUCGCCGAUGGAGUGGACAACAUGCACAAUUGCUUCCUGCAUCAACAACGCAAGAAGCUGGCACUGUCGGCAGGCAUGUAGCAUUAUCCGUAUCUUGUGCUGUUCCCGCGCGUAAGCGAGGUGUACCAUCAGUCCCUGUAUGUGCUUUUGUUGGGCGUCCUACGUUUGAUUAUACAUUUCCAUAAGCCAGCGUGUGCGCACUUGGUGCGGCGGUGCGCGGGCGCACCUCAGGGUGUGGCGGGCCUGCGCUCCUACCUUGGGCGCGGGCUUACCAAACUCCUGGGUGCCCCUCGCAUCGUCAGCACUCGCCGUGUUGCCAUUGUGCAGUGCAGUCUCAGAAGCUGUGCGUAACGUGCUGGUGCUCGUGCGGGCGCGGAGGUGCUAAGGAGGCAAUGGAAACAAUGGCCUCCGAGGAAGCGUUGGCAGAAGUUGAAGACACGUUGAGAGCUUGCGUCGGAGCUCGAAGGGCGACACACCGUGCUCGUGAACUGUUGCCGUUGGUUGAGUUGUUGCGCGCUAUUGUUGUACAGCUGCGUGCAAUUUUAGUGCAGGCAGGAGCUGUGGGGUGGAUUAUCCCAGGCCGCGGUCUCGCCCGCUGGGCCACCCCCAGACCCGCGCACGGGUGGCAAGGACGCUGCGAUAAGAGAGAGGUGCGAGAGAGCGAAGUAUGCAUCAAUCACAUCAAGAGAGGCAGAGGCUCCGCACCCGUGUGUGAAUGUGAGCGGCGUGCUCGGUCGUGGCAUAGCAGUGCAGAUGCGCGUGUGCGUGGGACGUGGCACGUGCAAGUGGGCAGGCGGACCCGAGCAGGUCCCGAAUGAAGGCCCGGAGGGAAGAAGCGAGUGCGAUUCGGCAACGACAGGAGCCGCAGCGCUGAGCGUGGUGUAGGUGUGCGUGAGGUGGGGGGGGUUCGGUGGGGCCCCGGCCAGAUGAUGGAGCAUGAGCGCGCUCACACAAACAGACACACGGUGACCAAGAUGGAGUCGCAGGGAACGUUGACAUGACAAGAGAGAUAAGGGAAUGGCACGGAGGGCAGAGGACGACACGAGUGAGACGGAGCGUGUCGGCUGGCGACCAGUGGCAAGGGUGUUGGGGCCUGCUUGCGGGCCUGGAGAACGACGCGCCGUGAAGGUGUUGAAAGGAACACUUUCGGGAAUAAUAUUCAAGAAGCAAGUGCAGCUGUCGGGACCCUUCGGGACUCUCUGUAAGCAGUGUACAUA